AAAGUUUCCACUUUUCGAUUUACCAACGUCGAUUUCAGGACACGGCAAUGAAGGAAAUCCGUAACUAUCGAUGGGCAGCCUUUUAAUUAUCCGCGGUCCUCUCCGCCGGUCUUUACCGACUCGGCCGUCUCAUGUCUUAAAGAGAUGCGUAUUCUCAGCCCGCCGCGUACCCUCAGCCCGCCGCCCCGUCGACCUCACGCCCAUGGAAGCAGUUGAAUUUCAGCCUCCCCAUAGGGCGCCAGCUAGGACACGCUUCGCUCCUUCACCAACUGGGUAUUUACAUAUUGGCUCGCUGAGGACGGCACUUUUUAAUUACUUGUACGCGAAGGCUUCUGGUGGUCAAUUCAUAUUAAGGAUAGAGGAUACCGACCAGUCGAGACUCGUGCCAGAUGCCGAGAAGAGGUUGUAUGAGGAUCUAAAAUGGGCCGGCUUAGAUUGGGACGAAGGUCCCGAUAUUGGAGGCCCGUAUAAUCCAUAUAAACAGUCAGAAAAUCUUCCUAUAUAUUCUCAGUAUGCGGAUGAGUUGAUGAACCGUAACCGGGCGUACCGAUGUUUCUGCACCCCUGAAGAGCUAGACCAGAUGAAGUCCAACAGUAUAUACUUGGGUAACCCAAGUACAUACAAUGGCCACUGUUCACACAUCCCGCCGGACAUCUCUGCUCAAAAAGCAGCAGACGGACAUGAGCAUUGUAUACGCUUCAAGCGUGUGCGUUUAGCCAACCACAACAAAGGAGCCAUAGCUGGCGAUAUAGUAUAUGGGGAUGCCAUAAACCGUCCGCCAGACGAUGACUUUAUUAUCAUAAAAAAGGAUGGAUAUCCUACCUACCACUUCGCAAAUGUCAUUGAUGACCAUCGAAUGAACAUCUCACACGUGAUACGAGGAGCAGAAUGGCUCACAUCUACGCCUAGACACAUAGCCCUCUAUCAGGCAUUCGGCUGGGCCAUCCCCAGGUUCGCGCAUGUCGGACUCCUUACGAAUAAGGAGGGACAAAAGCUGAGCAAGCGUCAUCACGACGCAGAUGUUGCCUCUUGGAGAGAUCGGGGAUACCUACCCAUCACACUACUAAACUACGUCCUGUUCCUGGGAUGGAGCACGGGUAAGACUAUGGGUGCUGAGGGGCAAGUCUUAGGCUUAGAUGGUAUGUUAAAAAAGUUUGAUCUCAAUUUCACCAAAGGCAACAUCAUCGUCAACGACAAAUAUGAGUACUUUCAGAGGCAGCACUUGCAGCGCCUCCGCGAUAGGGACCCUAAUAAUUUCUACGAGACGGUAGAACCCUACGUCCUGGCCCGGAUUGAAGACUACGAAAUGCGCCGUACGAAUCCUAGUGAGGGCAACAACAUAUCUGCCGAACUCGGGGACAUGGUACCGCGUGCCCGGGAUGCCUUACCAGACUACGUAAGGGAGAUUCUAGAGGCUGACACCCAACACUACAAGGGUCCCGAACUCUUUGUGCAGCGGAUCAAAUACCUCAUCUGGAACAUCCCCGAGUCCGCAUAUGCCGAGACCUACAAGGAGAGAAUAUCCAACCGUUUAUUGCACUUCGUCGACCCAGAGAUCUUAGCCCUUGAUAGUCCCACCCCUGAGGUCACAUCUGAUAACCGCUUUGAUGUCGUCACCAUCUCGGAGAAGCUACGAGCCUGUCUAUAUGACAUUAAAGAGGAGCAAUGGACCGUAGACGGUAUCCAGGAAGUCCUCAAGCCCAUCCUCAAUUGCGUGUACUCCACCGUAGAGGUCGAGUCUACAGAUGGAGAAAUGACGUCCGAGAUCCAUCCUUGGGGUUGGAAUCUCUUGAGGUGGCUCUUGUUAGGCACGAAGACCGGGCCCGGCGUAAGUGUGUCCAUAGCACUCAUGAGCAGGACGGAGACGCUUGCGCGCAUAGAUAAUGUGAUCAGGAUUGCUAGAAAGCUGGCAUGGUGACGGUUGGGGAUGGGCAUCCGAUAACCGAAUCAGAGGGCUCAAAGACAACCCCUAGGAUAGAUCACUAGGUACGAUCGAUGAGCGAGCUAGUGUAUGGCAGACAAGAACUAUGAAUAAUGCCGGUGAAGAAAAAUGUGUACAUAUGGACGUAUCGGAUGCGA